UUCCCCUCCCCCUGAAAAAUUUUCUUUGGAGCCCAAUAAAACAGCAGCUCUCAGUGGUUUUGCUACAGCAGUAAUACUGCAUUCUGCCAGGAACCAGCAAUGCUGCUCCUGGCCAUGGAAUUCAGGUAAUGACCCAUAACUGAAGUAAAUUAGUGUUUAAUUCCCCAUCCCUAGCAGACAGCUUACUAAUGGAAAUUGAUUUCUAGCUUUUUCCUUUUCCAUUUAACAUGCUCCUCUCACGUCUUUAUUUCAGAUCCAAGUGCUUCCCGGUGACUUUCAGCCCAAGGGUGACCAGCGAGCUGUGCAGCAGCACCCAGCAAUAGCAAAGGCAGAGGUUCCCUGCAGGCACAGCAGCUCCUCCUGCCCACAGGAGCCCAACCUGAGACCCCCAGUUGGGAUACACCGCUGUCGCUCAUCUCCCUGCAACAGCCCCAGACCUCGUGCUGCCACAGGCCUGAUCCUCAUCCAUGCCUCUCUGGCAGCUCAUUUGCACAACACUCUCUAUGCUUUGGCGCGGGCACCGUGCUCUGCCCCACACAUCACCCCGAGCACCAUUGCAGUGUCAGCCCCAGGGCCAGGCUGUGCACGCAGGGCCCCGACAUGGGCACUGUGUAAUCUGACCCACGCAGCCAUGCGCACACACCCCUUUUCUCUGCUGUUUGGGCAAAACUCAACGGCCGUUCCCCUCCCUGCACGGGAGCAGCAGCAGCAGCACAGGCAGAAGCUGGCCGCGGAUGUCCGCCCGUUCUCCUCUGCACGGCACAGACGGGCGGUGAGAGACGCUGCAAUAGGCAAAAGACCGCGUCACGUCACCAGGGAAGGAUGUGGGCUUACACCGUAGGUUUUACUGUCCUGCCUCAUGUCGGGGGUUUCCUCGGCUGGUUCAUCAAUAGGAAAGAAACUCCUGUUUGGUACGAGAAGCUGAAAAAGCCCUCAUGGUGCCCACCCCGCAAAAUGUUCCCCGUUGCGUGGACCGUCCUGUACACCGGCAUGGGCUAUGCCUCCUACCUGAUUUGGAAUGACCUGGGUGGCUGCAGCAGCAAAGCUAUCAUCCCGCUUGGCCUCUAUGGGGCUCAGCUGGCCUUGAACUGGGCUUGGCCUCCCUUCUUCUUUGGUGCACGUAACCUGAAGAUGGCGCUGAUUGACAUUCUGUGCUUGGACAGCCUGGCCAUCGGCACCGUGUGCUCCUGGUACCGCAUCAACAAGGUGGCAGCGCUGCUGAUGCUGCCCUACCUGGGCUGGCUGGCCAUGGCAACCUGCCUGACCAUCCGCAUCUGGAAGGACAACCCUGAGCAAAAGGCAGGGAAGAGCGAAUAAGAGCAGGAGCGAAAUGAAGGCAUUUUGUGAAACUAAACUACGCCGAGAUCUAAUAAUUUCUGGGGCUUAUUUUUGGAUAGACAGAACACACCUCCUCCUCGCACCUUCAUCGUGGUUGUAUAAGGGAGAGGUUUCCACCAGAUACCUGUGUGCUUUUGUACAGCAGUCAUGCAUCUUUGGGAACUUUCUUUCCAACACUGCUGAGGUUUUGGGGUACAGCUGUACGGUGAUCUUACUGCUAUCAGGUCAAACUGCACGAGCCACAGUAGGAUCUCAUGAUACCAGUGAAGUUCAGAGUAGCAGCCCAGGGCCUCCUUCUGACCUGCUACCGUUCCCUCAGAACAAAAACUGUUCACACGUGGUAAAUCCCAUCUCUUUUGGACCAAAUAAAAAUGCCCUCCACUGAUGCACACCCACUUUUAAGAAUUUGUAUUUUUGCUAUUCUUGCUGUUGCUUCAUUUUCAUGUAUCACCUGGCUUGUGCUUUAUACCACUAACUUCUUAUAUCUCAGUUCUUGGGCAGGCAGUAAUCUGUCUUGCUCUGCUGCAGAAAGAAACUGGGCUCUUUGACUUCUAUUUGUGGAGCACUGCGUUGUUGAGUGUGUUGCUCCAAGAUAAAGCAGCAACGAUUAGAAUGCAAGUGCUCGUCCCAAGAGAAAAUAUCUCUAUUCCACCUUUGUGUGCUGUUCCUUACCAGAAGGCUGACAUCAAUGCCUUGGGUGGGUGAGAGGACACGAAAACAGACAGAAAGCCCUUAAAAUGUUGGUUUGUUCAAGUACAGAAACACAAGAUUUUUCUUUAAAACGUAAAAACUUGCUGGCACUGCUCUGAAAGUUGUAAUUACAGGUAUCUCAUCUCACAGUAUUUCCAUUCCCUGAAUAUUAUUCCUCAGGAAAGGCUAAAAUAAGAGCAUCCCUAGAGAAGCAGCACCAAGCCAUGCCACAGAGCCAGGCAUGAAAGGAGAAUGGACAAGCCCUUGUCCAUCCUUUAUUCUGGCUCUUGCACUGAUAGAUCUUCUUCAAUCUGAACCUAAAAAUGUUGCAUUCUACACAAAAUAUAUAUAUAUAUUUUUUUUAAAUCAAUAGAAGUAAUUUAUGGGAAGGAAAGUGUAAGGGAAUCUUCUUUCUGGCAGCUGACUGUAGAUUAAGGUGUGUGGGUUUAUUUGCAAAGGUUUGGGAAUGUAAAAUAAAUUGUGUUUGCUUGCAAUAAAAUGGAGAAUAAAUAAAUGCAAGUUAUUCUUGUU